UAUCACAAUAUAAAAUUAUACGAUAUUAUACGUAUGAUAUGAUUUACAAGAAAAGUUGAAAAAUACAUUUGCGCUGUCAAUGCACCGAACAAUUCAAUUGAGCACUAGAUUUAAUAAUUACUACGAAUCAAUCAACAAGAAUGCAUAUAUGUACUAGAUACGUCCAACAUAUUCAGAUUCUUCUCGAAGUUACUGUCGCUAGUGUUCCUUCAAAGUGAUUUGUAAUAUUAUGGUUGAUUGCGAUUAUUUCAAUUAUUAUAUUAUCAAAAUGUUAAAUUGGAACUAACAAUAUAAUCGUUGGCUGACAAAAUAAAGAAAAUUAAUAUCUAGAAAAAUAAUUUUUAUAUAUACUCUUUAAUAAUAAAGUAUAAUUAAUUAAAAAGAGAUAAUAGUAUUUUAAUUGUAGAAGUUAAAGCAAAAAGUUAAAAUAAAAGUAUUAACAUCAUAUAACUAUAAUUAUUUUUGGCAUUUAAGGAGAUAAAGAAAGCUUUCCGGUUUAAAAUUUAAUGAAAUUCAUAAUUAUUUAUAGUAUGUCGUUUCAAUAUAUAACAACUUGUUUAAAUGAACUUAUAAAUAAAUUAAUCGAAUCUCAAACACAUAAUUAUAUUAUAAAUUUUAUGAUAUAAACGAAAAUUGAAAUGAUUUAUAAGUAAACAUUUCAAAAAAUAUUAUAAAAAAAUAUUUUACCAAAUAAUCAAGUAUAUUUUAUGUUGCAAGUAGUAAAUUGUCUAAUACUUUGAUUUAUUUAAAUAAAUAAUUUAUUGAAAGAAUACAUUAUAUUGCAAAAGAUGGAUCUUCCACGCAUUUUGAUCAUAAGCACGGUAUGUGGUAAAGCUACUGAUAUUGCUAACAAAAUAGGAGGGAAAAAUAUAUCCAAUGAAGAUGAUAUCGAAUACUAUCUUUGGGAUAUCGACAAUAAGUAUUACACAUCGCAGAUAUUAUUAUGCGCGACAGAAAAUCCAUGUAUCAACAUACCAACAGAAGGAAUUGAAGCAUUACUUGUACAUCAUGAUCCAUUAGCUGAUAAUGCAGAACGAAAUUUAGAUCAAUGGUCAUCCUUAAUCUCUUCCCUUUCUAAAGCUGAUGUAUUAUUAUUAACGUGUAAUGUAAUAUCUAAUAUGGAUAUUAAAGACAAAGUAAUUGCAUGGUGUAUAAACAAAAAAUUUGAAUUGGUUGAACUACAACAAAAUUCCAUAGAAAAAUUAGAAUGUGAUUUAGAACAUAAUACAUAUGGAAUUGAAAGAAUAAUUGAAGCUUUACAGGCACAUACAUGGCCAAAUAUUGUUUUAAAAGGAAAACCUUCUAAUAUUGAAGAAACAGAACCAGAUAUAAAUCAAGUAGAAAAAAAAUUAGAAAAUAUUCAAUUGACACGGAAUCCAUCUGAACACCUUGAUAUGAUGGUCUUAUGGGUGGUGAAGAUGCAGAUUUUGGUGAAUUAUUUAGUCAAUUAAUGGCCAUGAAGGAACAUGCAGCUUCUUUGCCUACAAAUGAAAGACGUAUAGCAGCAGAACAAUUAGUUACUGCUUUUUGGAAAGCAAUGGGUGGAGAUCCAUCAGAAAUAGACGACUGAAUUAUUUAUUAUAGUUUAAAUUAUAUAAAUUAACACGUUCCGUGCCAAGCCAUUUUUGCCUGACUUGUCGUUCAGGCCAUUUGAUAUUUUAACUAAAGAAAAAAAUGACUGCGUGUACCACUGGUGGUACACGUGGCCUGAAGAUCAAGUUUAACGUGUACCACCGGUGGUACACAUGGCACGGAACGUAUUAAGUAAUAAUCAAUAUAUGAGAUCAAUAUAUGCAUUUUAAAGUUUCUUAAUAAAAGAAAAUCCAAAAAAAUAAUUGAUGUAAUAUGAUAAAGAACACAUUUCGUAAUAUACAAUUUUCUAUUUACUAAGUCACUUAUUGAUGGUUUUAAUUUGUUUAUUUUAUAUUAAAAAUAUAAUCAGAGAAGCAACGUUUUUCUUAUAAUGCAAAAAAUUUGUUAAUAGCAUCUUUGAAAUUUGAUUUAAAUACUGAUACUUUUAUAAUGCUGUAUUAUGUAACUAAUCAUAACAAAUAAAAUAUAUUUGGUAAACAUACAUAAUAAUAUAUAAAUAGAUAUGUAAAAUAUUUUAAUAGAUAUAUAAAAACCUAACACUCAAUAGAUAAUAUAACAUAUUUUUUGCAAUUUAAAUUAAAUAAAAACAUUCUUGCUGUUUUUUAAAGUUACAUUGUUAAUAUUAUUAUAAAACAUUAAUACAAAAUAGAUUGUAUAUUAAUAAAAUUAUAAUUAAAACAUAUUAUCAAACAAUGUAUCCACACAUUUUCAACAGAAUUAUUCUGAUUGUUUACAAAGUGCACUUUUCAAAAGAUAUAAACCUUUCAAUUUAUUUGAAAUAAAAUCCAAUUCACAAUGUAUGUUUGCUAUUUUUGUAGCAAGGUACACUGAUUCUUGAAAACGUU